AUGGCACAUUUACAGGGGGUCAACCAAUCCUCUGUGUCUGGCUUCCUAAUUGUUGGUCUCUCUGAAGCUCCAGAACCUCAGACCAUACUCUUCCUCAUCUUUCUGGGUAUCUACCUUAUCACUGUUAUCGGUAACCUUGUUAUCCUGGCUGUGAUUUCCUUUGACCAGAGGCUUCACACGCCAAUGUACUUUUUCUUGGCCAACCUUGCCAUCAUUGAUGUCAUCUUUUCAACGGUGACCGUCCCAAAGCUUUUGUCCAUCCUGAUCACCGCCAAGCGGUUCAUCUCCUACUCAAACUGUGUUACCCAGCUAUUGUUCUUCCAGUUUUUUGUGGUGGCUGAGUGUUACAUUCUAGCAGUAAUGGCCUAUGACAGAUAUGUAGCCAUCUGCUUCCCGCUCAACUACACUCUAAUCAUGAGUCGAGUGGUUAGAUUAAAGCUUGUGAUUUCUUGUUGGGUUUGUGGCUUGAUCAAUUCAACAGUCCAGGCUCUCUCAAUAUCCAAGCUUGUCUUCUGUGGUCCCAAUGUGGUUGAACAUUUUUUCUGUGAUGUCACUCCAUUGUUUAAGCUUUCUUGCUCUGAUCCUAAAGUUGGUGAGACAAUUUAUAUGGUAGUGGUGGUAGUUGCCGGUUUCGGCCCUCUGUUUUUUAUUCUUGUGACUUAUGGCCGCAUCAUUUAUGCUGUCACCAGAAUUAACUCCAGAAGUGGACUAACAAAGACAUUCUCUACCUGUGCUUCUCAUUUCACUGUGGUUGCUUUGUAUUAUGGGUGUGGGACCUUUAGCUACAUUUGGCCAUCUUCUACAGCUGCAAUGGACAAAGAUGUAAAGGUGGUGGCUGUGUUAUACACAAUCAUGACUCCUAUGUUAAACCCCAUUAUUUAUAGUCUGCGCAAUAAGAAGGUAAAAGAAGUAAUCUGGAAAACGUUGAUAAAAGGGUUAAAGACAUAA